AUGAGCAACAACCAAAUAUCAGGCAAGAUUCCUAGCUGGUUUCUCAACUUUACUUCUUUGGAUACGCUUGUCAUGAGAGAUAAUCUUUUAGAUGGCCAAUUCCCAAUUGGAUUUUCAAGUAUUCAGUUUUUGGACCUUUCUGGAAACCAAUUUUCAUGCUCUAUACCAUCUUCUCCAGAAUUAAAUUACAUGCAUUUGCAGAGAAAUCGAUUCACUGGAUCACUUCCAUCAUUGCUCCUCAACAGCUCAUCUUUAAUGUCACUAGACUUGGGAUAUAACAACUCUGGUGGCAUUCCUAGUUGGAUUGGAGAGCUCUCUGAACUGCGAGUUCUUUUGUUGAAAGAAAAUAACUUUAGUGGUCCAAUUCCAGAACAGUUGUGUCAAUUAAACAGGACUCUUUUCAUGGAUCUUUCCCUCAACAACUUUGUUGGGUCAAUACCCCAAUGCCUCAAUAACAUUAGUUUUGGAAGGAUAGAUGAUAUGGAGUAUCCAUUUUACCCAAGAUACAGUGGUGACUGGUGCGUGAAGAUAAUAUUUUUGGUUUCAGUAUUGGAUUUAUCUUGCAACCACUUGACAGGCAAAAUCCCUUCUGAAAUUGGAGACCUACAUAAAAUAAUUGCACUCAACUUAUCACACAAUUUCUUGACAAGAUCAAUUCCUAAAUCCUUCUCAAAAUUAAGACACCUGGAGAGUUUGGACCUUUCCUGCAAUAAUUUGAGUGGAGAAAUUCCUCCACAACUAAUUGAGCUCCACUCUUUAGCAGUCUUCUCUGUGGCUUACAACAACUUAUCUGGUCGAUCUUUACCAGAUGGAGUUAAGGGAAAAGGUUAUGAAGAAGUUGAUUUGACUGCUUUCUCUGCAAGUUUUGCAGCUUCAUACAUAACGUGCUUGUUGGCAUUAGCAUCUCUUCUCUACAUCAAUCCUUACUGGCGAAGGAUGUGGUUUCAUCUCAUUAAUGAAGGAGAGUUCUUGUUUAAGUUGAGUCAGACUCUUCAAGUCUUUUGUUUCAUGAUGAAAUAUUUCAUUCUGCUUGUUUCUCACCUUCAUGAAAACCUCUGA